UAAAAAGCAAUGGUACUCUUCUUGAAGACGCAUCAUCAAGUAGCCCAAUCCUUUUGAAAAGAUCAUCCUUCCCAAAUGCCAACUAUAAAUGGUGAAGAUAUUGCUACUAAAAUCAGUGGCAAUUCCCCAAAAUGGUUUGCUCGCUUAUCAUUCUCCUCACCCUCUACUUCACCCUCUGCUUGGCCUUGCUGAAUACCCUCAGUGCAGCUUUUGUUGAGGAAAUCACAGAUGCCAUUGCGAUAAACUGCGUGCAAAAGACGAGCCAUCUCCACUUUUACUUCCAUGAUAUCGUCAGUGGCAAAAGCCCAAGUGCUGUCAGAGUUGCAGGGUCGCCAAACAGUAGCAUUUUCGACUUCGGAAACAUGAUGAUGGUUGAUGAUGCACUAACCGAAGGGCCCAAACUCACAUCAAAACUCGUGGGAAGGGCUCAAGGAUUCUAUGCCAUGGCUUCUCAAAAUGAGGCUUCAUUGCUUAUGGUUAUGAACUUUGUUUUCAUGGAAGGUAAGUAUAAUGGCAGUAGCAUUACCAUUCUUGGGAGAAAUCCCGUGUUUGUUAGAGAAAUGCCUAUUGUCGGGGGCAGCGGGCUUUUCAGACAUGCUCGUGGCUAUGCAUUGGCACAUACAAUUUCGGUUGACCCGAAAAAUGGAGAUGCCAUUGUCGAGUACCAUGUUUAUAUAUGGCAUUUCCAGGGAUUCGUGGUGGCUUAAGCUUGAGAUAGGAUGAGUAAGGGGAUCUUGUUUUGUUAGUGGUGUCUAGUUAUUUUGAAUUGUUCUUUGAUUGUGCCUUUUUGUUUUAUUUAUUUAUUUUUUCUUCAAAUGUGCUCUAUUGUAUUGGGGUCAUGAUUGUCUCAAAUGUAUUGUUGCCCCCAAAAAUAUUAAAGUUUAGGCCCAGCCUAGUCUCUACCUCAUUUCAUUUUUAUUCACAAAUUGUGUAUGUUUAGCUUUCAA